UCCUUCAUCCCAAAGGGGCCCACCAUGGAAUCAGCAUGCUGCACCCCACAGGAGGGAGCCAGUCACCGUGUCCCAGACGGACAGAAGGCUUUCAGCACCACGCUGAGGGAAAAGCAGCCAGAUGCCGAGGAGAAAGGAGGUGGCAGCGCUGCGCAGCCUCUGCCUGCAGAGCCUGGCCCAGCACAUGGAGAGCCUCUGGGUGAAGGACUACAGCAAGAACUACCUGGAUGAGUACCAGUUCCGCUUUGUCAUGGGUCCCUUUAACGACCUGGCUGGCAGCUUGGUGCAGGAGCUGAUCCACCUGCUGGGCAAGAGCCGGCGCCUGACGCGGGCAGCACUUCACCUGCUCCUGGUGCCACACCUGCAGGAGCUCAGCCUGCGGCCGUGCCCCAGCCUGGCCAGCAAUGCCAUUGGCCAGCUCAUCACCAUGCGCUGCAAGAACCUGAGCUCCCUGGACCUGCAGGGCUGCAGCCGGCUCUCGGCGGACGUUCUGGUGGACCUGGCUGAGGGGCUGCCACAGCUCUGCCAGCUGAGGCUGGCAGGGACCCAGGCCAACGUCCAGGUGCUCUCAGCUGUGGGCUCCUGCUGCCGGCGCCUGCAGGAGCUGGACGUGUCCUGCUGCAAGAAGGUGUCCCCCCGCGCCCUGCGCCACCUGGCCUACGACCCCCUGGCCCAGGCCCUCUGCUGCCCCAGGCUCCGCGUCCUGCUGGCCCGCGACGUGGAGCCGGUGGACGACAUGGUGCCAGCGGUGGCCUUCCUGCUGCUGGCUCUGCCACGCUUGGAGUUUCUGGCCCACAGUGCAGUGCCAGAAGCUCUCCACCUCUUCCACAAGUGCCAGUUUGAUGGCACAAAGGACACUGAGGGUUUUCCCUCACUGGCAGAGCUGGCACAGCGACGAGGGGCUGUCCCUGGGGGCCCCCCGCUCACCCUGCCCCUUCAGCACGUAGAGGAGGUAGAGGAGCUGGCUCUGGCCACUGUCCACGCUGUCUGUCCUCAAACCAGGGAGGCCAGUGUGUGGCUAGGGGACACCCCAGGCCUGGCAAGCAGCUGGGAACUGCUAGGCUGGGACCACCUGGCCCGGCUCACCCUGGGCUGUGCCGGGCCGCAGAGCCGGACGCUGACAGAGGUGGUGCCGCUGGUUCAGAGACUGGGCCCUCGCCUGCAGAGCCUGGGCCUGCAUGGCUUCUGCUGCCAGGAUGAGGUCUCCCUGCCCUCCCUGCUUGCCAGCUGCACCAGCCUGCAGGCCUUCAGCGCCGAGCUGCACACCAUGCCAGACACAAAAGCCCACCUUGAGGUCCCAGAGGACCCCUUGCACUGGGCCACCGACCUGCUGCCCCAUAGCCUCACCCAGCUCCACAGCUUCUCCCUGGCCCUGGCCAGCGCCACUGACGUCUUCCCUGCACGGCACAGGUUGGCAUUGUGUGCCACACUGGCCUCCCUGCUGUGCCAUGCUCCACGCCUCCAGACCCUUCACCUGCUCAGUGUCCCCUUCCCACUGGACUCAGUGUUCCAGACGGUGCUGGCAGCACCGGGGCCACCACUGCUGGAGCUGCAGGAGCUCUCACUGGCCAAGAGCUCUGUGUCCAGCGAGACUGUGUGGCUCCUGCUGAGCUCCCAGAGUCCCCUGCGCCGCUUGGACCUGUCCCACUGCUGGAACAUCUCCCGGAGGGACUAUGACAGCUUUGUGAAGAUGGCACACACACAGCAGCUGGAGCUGGACAUUGCCUGGGAGUAACCAGAUCCUUUAAUAAACCAGUUAGGCCAUGCCCCGUGGCACCAUUUGUGC